CGCGACGUAUAAAUUGAACGUCGUAGCACGUUUUGUGCACGAAAAUGGCGGCCAAAUCGCCCCUAUUCACUUACGUCGCUGCUGGGUCAGCGAACCUGAUGACGUUCGGGGUGGGAAUGGGCUACGGAUGGUCGUCGCCGUCUUUGCCGAAACUAAACGGCCAGGUGGAUCCCCAAAGUAUUCCACUGUCGAUACCGACCACCGUUCUGCAAGAUUCUUGGAUAGCUUCUCUGCUGAGUUUAGGGGCCAUGUGCAGUCCGUUCAUCACCGUGUUUCUCUCCGAAAUCAUAGGAAGAAAGAAGACGCUGCUCGCAUUUUCUUUCCCCAUGAUCGUAUCUCAUUUAAUUAUGAUAUUCGCCACGAAGGUUGUCGACUUCUACAUCGCGAGGUUUAUGAUUGGGAUUUCCUCCGGCUGCAUGUUCUCGCUCAUACCGGUAUACACGGCCGAAAUUUCGCAAAAACACAACCGAGGUCUGGUAGGAAUAACCCUCAACAUAAUGCUGACUCUCGGCCAUCUGACAAGCUCCGUCGUCGGCCCUUACGUAACCAUAAAGAUGCUCAGCGUCGUUUCCCUGGUGCCGUGCGUACUAUUCGUCGUAAGCUUUGCCACGCUCAUCCCCGAGACGCCAUACUUCUACGUUCUCGUCGGGAAAAAGCAAGAGGCGGAGGUCAGUUUGAAGAAGUUGAGACGCAGCAGCGCGGUAGAGGACGAACUGGCCGAGAUCGUGAAAAGCGUGGAAGACUUGAAAUUGACGGAGAGAGGAAACUUUGGGGAACUCUUCACGCGUAAACACCACCUCAAGGCCUUGUUCUGGGCGGUCGGCAUCAUGUUCUUCCAGCAGUUCACCGGGAUCAUCUACGUCGUCUCCUACACCCAGAAGAUCUUCGACGCGGCUCACACCUCCCUGUCUGCCGAUCUGGAAGUGAUGAUAGUGACGGCCGUCCAAGUGAUCGCCGUUUUGUUAUCGACGCAAGCUAUCGAUCGAGUCGCACGCAAGACCCUGAUGGCCGCAUCGUUGGUUUUGAUGCUUCUACCGAACUUCUUCAUGGGACUGUACUUCUAUCUACUGGAGUUCGGCUACAACUUAGACCCCAUAUCGUGGCUCCCCGUAGCGUUGCUCGUGAUAUUCAUAUCCGGAUUUAACGUAGGCAUCGGACCCUUGGGAUUUACAUUUGCCGGGGAAAUAUUCGAACCCGGCGUGAAAUGCUGGGGGGUAACCUUAGCGACCUGCACGAAUCUGAUGGUCGCCUUCCUCACCGCCACUUUCAUGCCAUCUGUUUCGGAAAUUUCGGGGUUUUACGCGCCCUUCUGGAUUUUCGCGGGUUUCACGGCCGUCGGGAUUGUUUUCGUGUACGUUUUCGUCCCGGAAACGAAAGGCAAGAGCUUCUUGGAAAUACAGCGCUCGGUCAGAAGCGAAAAGUGAGGCGUUGGGCACUCCAACCGCUGACUCUCGAAGUGUGCUUUAAUAAUUUUUUUUUUAUUGUUGAUCGUUGAGAGUAAACCAUAUCGUGGCUGAGGUAACCGUAAUUCAUUCGUAAGCAGCGUGUACAUAAAAUACCGAUCAUAAAUCGAAAGUUACGACGCAAUUAUCCCAGGAAUUGCAUUGAAUAUAGUCCGCACCUUGCAUAUUAAAGAAGAAAAUAAUGCUAUUUACAAAACUUGUGGAUCCCCCCUGCGUCGGUUUUGACUGAAACUGUUUCGACUCAACAAAAACCGACGCCGGUGGUAUCUUCAGAAGUUUUGUAAAUAGUAUUUACACAUCCCUGACCAUUAUUAUAAUCUAAUAGAAUUGUAAUGUAACUUCGGACGUCACACUGUGAGCCGGAGAGAGCCUAUUGAAAUGGAAGUUUUCCUUAUCACAGUUUAAUUACGUAGGCCGUGAACCAUCACAAAACAAACGAUUUAAUUCGUCUUGUUACCAUGGAAACGUCAACAAUGAUUUUGGAACGUUUCUUGUCAGUGUCAUUUUGAGGAUGUUGUUUAAACAAUUUAUCUCAAAAUUUCAAAAUUCGUUCACUCGGCGGCAGACUACGUAUUGUUACAGAGAGAUUUGUCAAAUUUUGAAGAAUAUUGUUCUCUGAACAGAUUGUUUGUUAACCCUGAGAGGAAAGACUUGUUCAUAAACGAAAUAAAUAAAUAAAUAUAUACAAAUAAUUCAUAGCUUGGGAUAUCUAUACAUAAUUACAUUUUUAUUUUAAAUGUCUAAAUCUAAUUCUGUUUCACUAUCAGAGUCAUGUUGUUUCGUAUAGAAUCGUAAGAGUACUGAAAGUUAAAUUUUAAAUAAAUUAAAAAG